UGUUCAGUCAGCGAGUGGCUGUAGGAGCGGGACCACCACCACCGACCCACCGAGUUUCCCUUUCACCUGUCUCUUUCUCACCCACCAACUUUCCUCCGGCUGCCGUGGAGAAAAAUCCAAAUUAUUAUUUUCUCUCUCCUGGCUGGAGGACGUGCUGCUUUCUUCGACUCGUUUCCUCCCUCGUCACGCUAAUAAUAUACAUGCCUACAUAUCUGUGCAUCUACUUAAUCCUACUUGCUUACACCGCCGGAGGAAAGGACGUAAAAAAAUUAUCUCCGUGGGGUUUGUGGAUUCAUCUUUGAUUUACUGAAAGAAAUAUACGGACGGUGCUAAUACGAAGCUCUUUGUGAUUUGAUUUGAAAACUAAGAUUUGAGAUUUAUCUAUGUUGGUUCCUCUUCCGGCCGGAGAUUGCUGAUACGAUAUGGAGAUUAAGAGUCCUUCCGUAGAUUCUGGAGCUGCCUCAGGGGAUUAUUCCCCUGAAACUGGCCGUCCAUCCAGCGAUGAGUUAUGCAAAAAAUUUGGUUGGAGCGUUCGAAUGGACCACCGGUUUCCAGAAACCUGGGAUUCAGUUUGUAUUCCACGAUUGAAACAGAUUGGAGACUUACUUCCGUUGUUUAUCAGAUAUUUGUUCUGGUGGUUUAAAACAUGGAUUGUGAGACGUGUAAAACCAUUCAUUGAUUUUAUCACUUUGAACGGAAAACAGAUAUAUGGUGUUCCGGUUGGAGGAAUAGGAUCUGGAUCAAUCGGUCGAGGAUUCAAAGGGGAGUUCUGCCGUUAUCAUAUGGUCCCAGGGAUAUACAGCUAUGAUGUCGUGGAUGCCAACCAGUUUAUUUUAUGCGUUAGGGACACCAAAGGGACUGUUCUAUAUCAGAAAGUAUUAUCCGGAGUUGGAAAACCAGAAAACGGAAAUUUAAGCUCAUGGGACUGGUCAUUUAAUCCCUGCGAUGGACAUUAUACUGGGUUGUACCCGAGAGCGUGGUAUACAUUCAAUAUCCACAAAUUGAAUCUCGUCUUGGAAUGUAAACAGGUUUCUCCUGUAAUCCCCCAUGAUUAUGUGGAUUCCUGCCUCCCUUGCACUGCAUUCCAGUGGACCAUCAAGAAUAAUAGUACAGAGAGACGAAUAAUCUCAAUCACAUUUACAUUUAAGAACGGAACUGGGUCUAAAAAGGACAAGUAUGGAAAAUGUUCUAGCGAAACAUUUUCCACGGCCUGUGAUUCAUCGAAAGUAAAAGGAGUUGCAUUGCAACACAUGAUUGAAGGAAUUCAAACAACUUAUGGAAUUGGAUGCUUAGAAAAGAAGGAUCAAUGCGUUACCUCAAUGAAUCAGUUUGAUUUGUUACAUGGAUCUGAUUUAUGGCUGAAGUUGUCUCAAACUGGUCGACUGGACACUGAAAGCUGCUCCUAUGAAUUAACAAAAGGUGAAACGGGAAUAGCUGUGAACUGUAUCGGAGAAGUGGAUCCCAAAGGGAUGGAGGAAAUGAUCUUUACUCUUGGCUGGGAUCAACCACAAAUAAAAUUUAAAGGAAGAGAAUGGACUCAUACAAGGAGAUAUACACGAUAUAUCAAACGUACCAAUAACUCGGAUUCUGCUUGUGAAAUAAAACCGACAACCAUUGCUAUCCAAAACUUAGCAGCUCAUUGUAUUUUGAAUUAUAAAAAGUGGGAUCAAGCGAUCGACAAAUGGCAACUCCCAGUUUUGACCAACAAGAAUCUUCCUGCAUGGUUCAAAAGUGCGAUAUUUAAUGAAACGUAUUUCAUAUCUGACGGAGGGACCUUGUGGCUUGAAUAUGAUGGAGAUACGUUGCCCAAAACUGUAACCAAGAAGGAAGAUUUGCGAAAUGAAUUUGGUCGAUUCUGUUAUCUUGAAGCCCAUGAAUACAGGAUGUUUAAUACUUAUGACGUGCAUUUUUAUGCAUCGUUUGCUUUAGCUCAGUUAUGGCCAAAACUUCAGCACAGUCUCCAAUACGAUAUGGCAGAUGCAGUGAAUUCAAAAGAUGAUACAAUGAGAUUGCAUCUAUUUGAUGGACACCGAUCUCAGAGAAAAAUUGCAGAUUCUGUUCCCCACGAUUUUGGAGAUCCGAGUGAAGACCCCUAUCUCAAGAUCAAUUCCUACUUAAUGCAUGAUGUUUCUGGCUGGAGGGAUCUGAAUCUCAAGUUUGUUUUGCAAGUAUUUCGUGAUUGGAAACUUUCCGCAGACUCUACUUACUUAAAUGAUUUGCUCCCAAUCUGCGAGAAAGUAAUGAAAAAAUCAUUGGAAUGGGAUCAGGAUGGAGAUGGGGUUAUAGAGAACUCGGGAUCUGCCGAUCAAACUUACGACACGUGGGUAAUGAAGGGUGUCAGUGCAUAUUGUGGAAGUUUAUGGCUUGCAUCCCUCUUUGCUAUGAUUGAUAUGUUGAAGAACUCCACUGAUUUUCCAAACAAGCAAAACCUAAUAGAUGAAUAUCAAAAUACCUUGGACCGGGGAAAAGUUUCUUUCCAUGAGAAAUUAUGGACGGGAAAUUAUUAUAGAUUUGACACGUCAGGGUCGAGUCAUGGAGAAAGUAUCAUGUCCGAUCAGCUUUGUGGACAUUGGUUUUUAGCCAUGUGCGGCGUUGACGACUCUGAAAUUUUCCCUAAGGCAAAUGUCCUCCGUGCUCUGAAGACUAUAUUUGAAAAUAAUGUCAUGAAAGUUCGAGAUGGGACAAUGGGAGCUAUAAACGGAAUGAAUCCGGAUUCAUCCAUUGACACUUUCACCAUGCAAAGCGAAGAGACUUGGACGGGCGUGUCAUACGCUUUAGGAGCAACCAUGAUUAAAAAUGGAAUGACGGAAGAAGGAUUUCGAACGGCAGAAGGUAUUUACAGAACUGUCUAUGAAACCAUUGGGAUGGGAUUUGAAACUCCAGAAGCUUUACAGCACAGGGAAAAGUACCGGGCUAUUGGUUAUAUGAGAGCAUUGGGCAUUUGGUCAAUAAUGUCAGCAAUUAAAUCUCAGUAAUUUUAAUUUGUCUAAAAAAUAUAUGGUCGUAAUGUCUAUUGUAUUUUUUAUAAAUUGUGAUUUUUUGAUUUCUGUAAAAAAUAUUUUUCUACCUAAAAUGUAACUUUACAUACCAUCCUCAAAUUGUAAUCUCAGCCAUUGGAAUCUGUGAAUAAUCUAGUCAGUAUUUCUUGUUAGAUUAUAUUGCACCUUUAACGUAAGACAGCACUUUAAUUGUUCAUUGACAUUAUAUCAGCACAAAAUUAAACAAUUGCAGGAUA